AGAUGUUUGUGAUUACGUACGUUUUAAAGUUUUAGAUAUUUCUGUUGUUGACAGUGGGUGUUUUUAUUUACUAUACAGUGUGUAUUUUUUCUCCUCACUGUCUCGGAAACACGUGUUUUGUCCUUUAAUACCAGCGGAUUAUCCCACGACGGUUCAGGAUAAUCAGGAUCUUGAACACAUUGAGCGUCAGAUUUCCAGGAACUAAAAGAUCCCGACGAAUUGAGAACCUCCUCUUUUUUUGAAGUCGGUUAAAAAUAUGACAAACUAUAAUGAAAUGGCUGUCACAAACAUGAAAUUGCCAGACUUAAGAAUGUGUUGUUGCUGCAUUCCUCUCAAGGCUGGCAUUUUGACUUGGGGAUACAUAAAUGUGAUUUACCAUGCCGCAUUUGCAGCCCUAUUUUGUAUAGCAUAUCCUUAUAUAUUUGCCCUGGCAUUAUUUUACGUGGACUCGGGAAGUCGGAAUUCAGACACGGAAAUGUUUUUUACCAAUUAUGUAAUAUCCGUGAUACUGCUGUUCAUAUUUACAACUUACUAUGUGGUUCUUGUUGUGGCUAGUCAUACGAAUAACAUAAGAACGCUAAAUAUAUUAUUCAAAGUUGGCGUGGUUCUUUGGAUAUUCAAGUUUCUGUACUGCAGUGUGUAUCUUGGGUACCAUCUGAUGGCUGGCAUCUUCAGAGACUUUAAGCACACAGACGAUUCAGUAAUCACAAAACGUAGAUUGUUCCUGAUUUGGGUCAUGUUUGAACCAGUUAUUCAACUAUACGGCUUUCUACUUAUACGGAGUUUUAUGCUGAAGCUAAGAGGAGAAAACCAUAGCGUGGGAUAUAUUCAUAUCGUUAGUGACGUGGAGUUGGAUCGAGAACCACUGAUCAUUGAAUCUACUAAACUGAAUGUAAAACCUGAACCCAUUGUACAUGUAAAAACAAAUAAGAUGGAUUUGUCAGAUUUUUACUAACAUGUAACGCCAAGGAUCAAUAAAAAUGUCGUCGUCUCUCGUGCAUGCAACACCAACUCAGAGCAAAUAAGUGCGUUUUCACAUUAUCCGAUCCGAUAUCGGAUGUCGGACCGAUAAAUCCCAUACAUUUUAGCCGCCUUUGAUUCUGAUCUUUGAUUUUUGCCUUUGAAAUCCUUCGGGCUUCCGAUAUCGGAUCGGUUAAUGUGAAAUCGCACUAAUACAGAGCGGACAAGCCAACGGCGGACAUGUCGCAGUUGUUGGCUCAUUGAUCAUACAUAUGUCGUUGUGUGCGUGCGUGAUGACACAACUUGCUCUUCGUGCGCAUCACUGUGUUUUCAUUGAAAGGAAAUAUGUAGUAAAUCCGAUGUACUUAGAAUAUGUUUAGGAAACUCGACGAUAGGGGGCGUGAAAAACAAUUAUAUGCCUUAGUGCAAGUUGUUCGCUAUAUGUCACUGUUACCCCCGCAAACUGG